UCCGGCGUCCUCUUCGUGGCGGGCAAAUUCCUUCAGCCAGAAUCCGCUUAAUUACGUGCACAGAAGGUCCAGUUCGCUGGGUGCUGGUGGAGAUGCCGGGGCGGAGAAGGCACCAGAAUCGGGGUUCACAAAGCUCACCUGAGAGGAAGAAGCUGGACGACGAUUCCCAGGCGUCUCGCGUCAGGGCUGAGACAGGGGUAGCCAUGGCGAGAGUGGCCGCCUCUCCCGCAGCUACCGCCCAGCCUCGAGCUCAGAGUGCACUGGCGGCCUCCCUGAGACGCACGGCCGAGGUUGGCGUGACCUUUGCGGACAUUGCCCUGUACUUCUCCAGGGAAGAAUGGCGUCUCCUCGAUGAAGCUCAGAGACACCUGUACCUGGAUGUGAUGCUGGAGAACUUUGAACUUAUAUCUUCACUGGGUUGCUGCUGUGGUGCAGAGGACGUGGAUGAACUGACUGAACAAAACGUUUCUGUAAGAGUGGUACAGGCAGAGAAACCCAAGGUGUCUUUGUCUUCCCAGAAGAGCCACCCCUGUGAGAGUUGUGGGCCAGUGCUGAGAUACAUUUUCCACUUGACUGAAGAGCAGGAAACACAACCCAGCCAGAAAUCAUUGCAGUGUGGGGCAUGUGCAAAACAAUUUUACUUCAGUACAAAGUGUCACCAGCACCAAGAGCACCAUGUGAGAGAGAAGCCUUUGAGAAGAGGUGUGGACAGGCUCCUCCUUGCAGAGGGCUGCAAUGUCAGUGUGUCCCAGAAGCUUUUUACCUGUGGGGAGGUUGGACAGGACAUCCUUACUGAGUCAAAACAUCUCCAACAAGAGGCUGCUUGCACCAGGGACUGGCCAAAUGGAAUCUGGGCAUCUAGAAACACUACUCAAGGCAGAGAAAAUUAUUUCACCCUGAGUGAGUGUACAAAAGCCCUUGGCUGCAACCAUGCAGAUAUUCAAAAGAAGGGUGUCCAUACUGGAAGACAGUGUUUUGUGUGCCAUGACGGUACAAACUGUUUCCCAGGAAUUUCUAGGUUUUGUCGGAGAGUUCCCAGUGGACAAAAGCCACAUCAGUGCAGUGAAUGUGGGAAAUCUUUUAAAAAAUUGUCUCAACUUCGCUGUCAUCAUAGAGUUCACACUGGAGAAAGGCCCUAUCAGUGCGUCAUAUGUGGGAAGUCUUUUAAAAGAAGAAGUAGCCUGUAUUUACAUGAGAAAAUUCACACUGGAGAAAGGUCUUAUGAAUGUAGUGAAUGUGGGAAAUCUUUCACUGAAAGCACUCGUUUCCAUUGUCAUCAGAGAGUUCACACAGGAGAAAGGCCUUAUGUGUGCAGUGAAUGUGGGAAAUCUUUUACCAGAAGUGAUCACCUUGUUUCUCAUCAGAGACUUCACACUGGAGAAAGGCCUUAUCAGUGCAGUGAAUGUGGGAAAUCUUUUUUCCGACGGAAUUCACUUCAUUGUCAUCAGAGAGUUCACACUGGAGAAAGGCCUUAUCAAUGCAGUGAAUGUGGAAAAUGUUAUAGCAGUAAAGGUAGUCUUCGUUCUCAUCAGAGAUUUCACACUGGAGAAAGGCCUUAUGAGUGUAGUGAAUGUGGAAAAUCCUUCUUCCGAAAGAACGCACUUCGUUGUCAUCAGAGACUUCACACUGGAGAACGGGCUUAUGAAUGUAGUGAAUGUGGGAAAUCUUAUCAGAGUAAAAUUGGCCUUUGGUCUCAUAAGAGUCUUCACACAGGAGAAAGGCCUUAUGAGUGCAGUGAAUGUGGGAAAUGUUUUUUCCAGAAGAGUGUACUUCGUUGUCAUCUGAGAGGUCAUACUGGAGAAAGGCCUUAUGGGUGCAGUGAAUGUGGCAAAUCCUUCUUCCAAAAGAGUGCACUUCGUUGUCAUCAGAGGCUUCACACUGGAGAAAGGCCAUAUGAAUGCAGUGAGUGUGGGAAAUCUUUCUUCCGAAAGCAUGAAUUUCGUUGUCAUCAGAAUAUUCACACAGGAGAAAAGCCUUAUGUGUGCAGUGAAUGUGGCAAAUCUUAUCCCAGUAAAACUGGCCUUCGUUGUCAUCAGUAUAUUCACACAGGAAAAAGGACUUAUGAGUGCAGUGAUUGUGGGAAAUCUUACCACAGUCACUCUGGCCUUCGUUAUCAUCAGAAUAUUCACACAGGAGAAAAGCCUUAUGAGUGCAGUGAAUGUGGGAAAUCUUAUCGCAGUAAAACUAGCCUGCGCUCUCAUGAGAGAUUUCACACAGGAGAAAAGCCUUAUGAGUGCAGUGAAUGUGGGAAAUCUUAUCGGUGUAAAACUAGCCUGCGCUCUCAUGAGAAAUUUCACACAGGAGAAAAACCUUAUGAGUGCAGUGAAUGUGGGAAAUCUUAUCGAAGUAAAAUUAGCCUGCGCUCUCAUGAGAAAUUUCACACAGGAGAAAAACCUUAUGAGUGCAGUGAAUGUGGAAAAUCUUACCGAUGUAAAACUAGCCUGCGAUCUCAUGAGAGAUUUCACACAGGAGAAAAACCUUAUGAGUGCAGUGAAUGUGGGAAAUCUUAUCGAAGUAAAAUUAGCCUGCGCUCUCAUGAGAAAUUACACAGAAGCAAGACCUUAUUAGUACAAUGAAUGUGAAAGUCU